UGGAUUUGGGGCCGAAUUAACAGUCUCGCAAUCUCUCUUCUGGCUUAGUAGCGACUCCGGUGAACUCACAGGUUUGAGCUCUCCGAUGGAUCCCCUAUCUGCUCUGAGGGACUUCACCAUCCGAGGCGAGCUGGAGAAGAUAGUUCGGUUCGGCGGCGAGUUCCGAUUCGGUAAUGAAUACUCUUUUCCUUGCUCCGUUGAGACUGCUUACCGCUCAACCAAGGGCAACCGUUACACCCUCGAAACCCUAGUUCACUACAUCAAGAAUCACCACCUUAAGCACACCGAUUACAUUCAGAACACCGUCUCCCUUGGAAUCCCUGCCGUUACCUUCCCGGACCGAAAACCCCUCCUCGAAUACCUCCAGGGUAAGAUAUCCUCUACUGAUUCCAUCGAGUACCGUCCCGAAGAGCCUGCUUUUGCUACAAAUCGUGUCAGCACCGACUUGGCCGCUGUCCCGGAUGAUAAGAAAUUGGAUUUCAUGUCGAUGAUUAAGGCAGCCGAAAGACCGUUGAAGGACCGCGAGGCGUUGCUGGAAUGCAAAAAUAGGGAUUUCUACAGCGUUCUGGUUGCGGCAACGAAGCGCGAAGAGGAGAGGCAGAGAAUCGAGUCGCAGCAGAGAAAAGAUGGGCUUGUUGCUAAGAGUCGGUUGAUGGGGGCGGAUGAGCGGGGUUUAGGGUUUGGAGAUGAGAUGGGGUACGAUGCUACUCCAAAACCCAAAAUGCACUUGAAGGGCAGUAAGAUAGGUGAAGGGGUGCCGAUAAUUUUGGUGCCCAGUGCGUUUCAGACUCUGAUUACCAUUUACAAUGUGAAGGAAUUUUUGGAGGAUGGGGUUUAUAUACCGACUGACGUCAAGGUGAAGCAGAUGAAGGGUGCACGGCCAGAUUGCGUGACAGUGCAGAAGAAGCUUAGUAGGGACAGGGUGGUUACUGCUUAUGAAGUGAGGGAUAAGCCAUCUGCCCUCAAAGCGGAAGACUGGGAUCGGGUAGUGGCAGUUUUCGUAUUGGGCAAAGAAUGGCAGUUUAAGGACUGGCCUUUCAAAGACCACGUUGAAAUAUUUAACAAGAUUAUUGGAUUUUAUAUGCGUUUUGAAGAUGACAGUUUGGAGUCGGCAAAGAAUGUAAAGCAAUGGAAUGUAAAGAUAAUUUCGAUAAGUAAGAACAAAAGACACCAAGACAGGGCUGCAGCAUUGGAGGUGUGGGAUAGACUAGAAGAAUUUGUUCGGUCACGAACACAUUCAUGAUGUGUAACGUCUUAAGGGAUCACAUUAUGUAACAUUUGUUAUCUAGCUGCUUGUGCUGAAUAUUGCAAAUUUUUGUUGAUGCCUUGUGUUGUUCCUAUAAAAUGAGUAGUUCAAAUGAUUUUUUAGUUGCUUCAAUUUUGAUAGCAUUUGAUUCAUUAACGAAUUUCAUGGCUUUGUACAGAGAAGGAGAAAUAGUCAUGUUUGUUCUGUAUAACUAAUUUAUAUGCUAAGAAUUGUAGAAAACUUUGAUUUUAUUCAGGUAUUUUUGGAUGUAUAUCAUAGAAAGAAUAAAAUCAGAGUUUUAUAUUUUUGUU